UACCUUUUUCAGUUUGCCAAAUGGGCGAUCAAUCUGUUAGAGAUACCACGGGAUGUUGAGAAUAUCACAUUGUACAUGUGAUGAAAAAAUUUUCUGUUUAUGGGCUUUCAACUUAUCAUUUCACUUGUGCGGAAAUGAAAGUAGAGCUGCAUGGAAUUCCGUAGUUUAAAAUGGCCCCCACCAUAAGUGAAUCGGUUUAAGUUGGAGACGUUCCGUUCGCUCCAUUUCACAACUUUCAAAACAAUCACAAUGUGUCACAAUUAUGCCUGACCUUCGAAAAGAAAUGUCAAUGUCAAACAAUUUUUGACGUCAAAAUAGCCACUUUCCAGGCUGUUGCUGCCCAGUUGCAGCUUACAUGCCAAUGCUCAUUUGACGGCAUCCAAAGUGAGUUCCUUGUAACUUCGAUAAAAUGACCGAUCCACUAACGACCAAUUCAGCAACCGACAAUUUGUACCUAGCGCUGUUGCAAUGUUUUGCAGUCAUAUUAUGCGGAUACAUCGCAGGGAGAUCUGGAAUAAUCACAAAAUCGGAAUCAAAGGGCUUGAAUACAUUCGUUGGAACAUUUUCACUUCCUGCUUUGAUAUUUACUUCUUUGGCUCAGCUGGAUCUUGAACAAGUCAACUGGAAGUUCUUGAUGGCUGUGACCUUUGCCAAGGCUAGCGUAUUCACAGCCGUCCUUGUAAUUACUCUGCUUAUUUCUCGACCGAUUAACCCUGGGCGGGCAGCUCUCUUUGCUAUUUUCGCUACCCAAAGUAACGACUUUGCAAUUGGCUAUCCCAUGAUUAAUGCCUUGUAUGGCCAAAUUCACUCCGAAUAUGCCGCGUAUUUAUACCUGAUGGCUCCGAUAUCUUUGGCGAUCUUGAAUCCAAUUGGCUUCAUUCUGUUGGAGAUAAAUAAGCGGCGACCCGAGGAGCGAAGAUUCAGUUGGUUUUUGCUGAAAUCAACAGCCAAAGGAAUAGCUUUCAACCCAAUCCUCGUCAUGACUGUACUUGGAAUCUUAGGAAAUUUUUUGUGUAGUCACAAAAUCCCAUCAGCUCUGCAAGUCAUUUUGAAAGUAUUCGGUGACGCUUUCGCAGCCAGUGCACUUUUCCUCCUAGGUCUGAUGAUGGUGGGAAAAGUCCAUACACUAAAAGGCCGUGCUCUUGUUAUUCCUGGGAUAUUAAUAUCUGUCAAACUACUGGCCCUACCACUGGUUAUCAGAGAAUCCGUGAAUCUGCUCAGUCCUGGUGAAAAUGCAACAGAUACUCGAGAUUUGAGUACAUUUGGAUUUUUAUAUGGAACUCUGCCAACAGCUCCGGCAUUAUUCGUCUUCACACUGCGAUAUAGUAUCGAUAUCGACCUAAUUGCCUCUGCAAUGGUAGCUUGCACGUUUCUCUCAGCGCCACUGAUGUUCGUUUCGGCAAAAAUGAUCGAUGCCAUCAGUGCGGAUCAUACUCCUGCAGAUUAUGUUCGAGAACUGAGCGCGUUUGCCCUGGAUGCCAGUGCUGUUUCCACAGCCGCGUGCUGCUGGCUUCUCAUCUGCUUUUUUAUCUUUGAGGGAAAGAAAUACAAGCGCGUAACACACAGAAUCACUGUCUGUCUUGUCGUUUCUCAGCUGAUAACAUCAAUCGGUGUUAUAAUUUGGUCACAAAUGGGUUCACCGAGUACAGUAUCUCGUUUAUGGUACGUUCAAUUCCUGAUGAUAACUGGAGGGGUCUAUACCAGUAGAUUAUGGACGGCUGUACUAGCAGCAACGCUUCUGUUUCUAAGCAGUAGAUCACUGUCCUUUGUAUCGCAACUGCAGAAAUGGGUUCUGCCAAUUGGUUGGGGCUUGCCGAUUCUAAUCGUCAGCCUCAUGGCUAUGCUGAUAACCCCGUCUGGAAAGGAUGCAUUCGAUAUGGGGAGCCCGAACUUCCAGAUGGGUAAAAUUCAGGCUGCGAUAUCAGUUUUCUUGAUCGUCUUUUGCUUCGUUGUAACAUUGGGCUGCCUGGUGCUGCAACAAAGAUAUCAGAGGAGAUUAAUGCCGCCUGGAUACUCCAGCCUUACUCCAUCUCUUUCAACAAACAACGGUGUAAACACGCCACGCAACAUUGUCGACGUAGAGGAUCUGAUGUCCCAAUCAACGAAUAUAUCUAGGCACCCGUGUGAAUUUGAAAAUAAUGAAUGUUCAAACGGUACGGGGUGUGUGAUGAAUCGUGAAGGGGAAUUAGGAGAGGGAGGUUACGAUGAAAAUUCAGAUGACGAGCUAAUAACAGAGCAACCAGCAGAUACACAGAUCCUACGGCACCUUGUCCUCUUGAUUUUAUUGCUCUGUUCCAUGUUUGUUGGCCUGGCUCUGUCUAUCGGUAGACUUGUGAUGGAGCAAUUAUCCGGAAUCUAUGCAGAGCUCGCGUUUUUGGACGUGGCUCUAAACUUUGGGCAGUCCUUGAUAGCCUUUGUGAUAUUUGGCUUGGAUCCAGGCAUAAGUGUUUUGGGCAAAUGGAUAAAAAAGCUCUGCGAAAUAUGCCCAAGGGCGGAGACUCUGCAGUUGCCUGAUGAGGAGUCUUUGACGGAUGAAGUGAGAGCUGUACGCGAGCAAUUUGCUCAGUCUCACUUAGCAGAAUGUCGUACACGGAUCGCAGCAUGCCGAAGACGUUUGCUACGCGUCUACAGAGGAGUUUUCACUGGUACCGAUCUUGUGGAUUGGUUAUUAGAAGCUGGACUGGUGUCUGAUCGCCCUGCAGCUGUGAUGUAUGGAAGAUGCCUUCUUGAUGCCAGGGUACUGUGCCAUGUAGAUGGGACCGAGCAUUUUCACGAUAGUAACUUAUUAUAUACCUUCUCCACGUAGUUUUCUAGCCAAAUUUCACUCGGUUGGUGUCAAUAUUGCCGUUUAUUUCUCAGGUAGUAGACGUGCUUCUCGUCUAUCAAUGGUUUUAACGUUACGUUUUAUUAUAGAACGUUGAAUUAUGAAGUUCAGCUUUAAUGUGCUUUGAAACAAAAGACAGGUGAUAAUGAAAGUAUAAUGCUAAGUAUUGUCAUAUUCUAUAUCCCGAUCUCGGAAAACGUGAGAUUGAAGGUAGCACAAUUUACUGUUCGAUCAAUGUAUUCCCUGAUCUUUCAACUUUAUUUUUCGCAAAGCAUAGUUUGAAAGCCAGAAACUACUCUUUGCGCACACCAGUUCCUUUUAAACUACUGCUAGCUCUAUAGAAUAUUUUUAAAAUGACGAGUAGAUCUUCGUAUAACACGUACGCGCUUGACGUAUGAAUAUAUUUUUAUUCUAUUGCGUGGAGUUACUUAACUAGGACUAACAGUUUUACUCUAUUACAUGAAAUUUUUAAUCAGCUACAAAACGAAAGAAUCGCACAAUUGUUUGCUCUGAAUAUCCUGCUUAAUUGAUACUGUAACUGCGUAAAUUCGGUGUGAAUCUUUAGCAUACGAUUUCUUCAUCAGGCCAACGAAUUUUUAUAACCACCAUUCUAUGAAGUGGAAUGAAAUGGAAAUAUUUUCUAUGAAAUGAGACAUUUUUUAAUGUAGCCAAUUUAUUAGACAAAUAAUAUUUACUAUCUCUGCAUGUGUCUUCCACAGCACAGCUAUUUUCAAAUACAGAACAAUUUACAAUUGAUGUUAUUUGUAGAAUGUUAAUAAUGUAUAUCUUUAAACAAAAUAAAGCUCGUUAGUUUUCGUUUUACGAUUUAA